AUGCAAUUGCUGGCUUUGAUUCUCAUCCUACCUUUGGUCGAAGCGGCUUUUGACGUUGUGAGCCCUUCAGUUGGUCAGAAUCUUACGGGCUUCCUGCACGUCCGCCACAAGAGGCAUCAGCUCAUCUACAGGAAUGGCGGAACCAUCAGGUUGGUGGUUGGUCCGGUAAUGGCCACCCAACUGGAGGAUCCAGUCUCGUGGCGCAACGUGGUCUACUACUAUGUGAUUCACUGUGGUGCCUUUACCCUGCCCUCGGCUCCUUUGUAUCCCUGGGACAAAUGGGAGACGAUCUACGCACGAUCUUUGCAGGAGAAGAUCAAGGGACUGGAUGAAUCCCACGAAGACGACACUCGCAUCUUUGCCUACGCCGUCCUAGAGAAUUAUAUGGACCGAGUCAGUGGAUCGGUGGGCAAAGGACGUCAGUGUCUGCUGCGGGGGAUCUGCGAGAAUGCUCAGGUGCAUCGUCAUCAUGGCAUAAUGGCGGAGCUACUAAAUAUUCUACUCACACCUGGAAAAGGAAGUAUCGAUGUGGCUUAUAAGGAGGCGCUGGAGGUUGGAAGAGCCGGGGUGGAUUGCCUGGCCCAGUUUGGCCCGGAUUGUCCCAAAGGAGAGAGUCUUCUGGAUGCCUACACUGUGGAUGUGGAAUACUAG